GUUUCAACACUUCUCUCGGGUAAAAAAAUCUCUCAUAUUUUUCUAGUUUUUAGUCUACUCAUUGAUUACGAUGAUGUAGUUUAUGUUUGAUCCCCGGAUGAAAUCUUGACAUAAUGUUUGGUUUGUGCAAUUUGAUUGGGACUACUUACGUUGAUAUCUAAGCUAAUCAAUGAUUCAUCAAAUUCCUGGUUUAGCUCGUUUUUUUUCUGCUUGAUCGCCAGAUGAAAGCUUGAAGUUCACACUUUGUUUGUGCAAGUUUAAUGGGGUUGGAUUAUGUUAUUUUUUAUCCUAAAGUGGUGUUUAUUGUCUUUUAUUUUUGUAGGUGUUGAUUGAGAGAACAUGGGUGACAAAGACAGAGGGUUUCAUGGGUAUUCAUCCUCUGGAUACCCGCCGAGUCAUGGGGCUUAUCCACCUGCUGGAUACCCAUCGCAUCAAGGUUACCCUCCACCACCUGGUGCCUACCCUCCAGCUCCUGGUUACGGAGGUUAUUCUGCAUCUGGUCAUGCUGGUUACCCUCCUACUGGCUAUCCUUCGCAUCACUCGGGACACGCAGGAGGAAUCGGGGGCAUGAUUGCUGGUGCUGCAGCAGCCUAUGGAGCUCACCACAUAGCUCAUAGCUCUCACAGUCCUUACGGACACGCUGCAUAUGGUCACGGUUAUGGCCAUGGUCAUGGUCAUGGUCAUGGUCAUGGCUAUGGUUAUGGUCAUGGUAAGUUCAAGCAUCAUGGAGGCAAGUUCAAACAUGGGAAGCAUGGUAUGUUUGGAGGAGGGAAGUUCAAGAAGUGGAAGUAAUCUGUCUCUCUGGACUUACCAGAUGUUUCAAAUAAAUCCCAAACAUAUAAGUUUAACUCUUGUUGGUUUAAAUAUCGCUGGUUCGAAUUGGAAUAAGUCAAAACUUCAUAAUGAAUAUGGUACUAUAUGGACGUGUACUAUGAAGCUAUCUAUGGCUUCUUUUAUAAUGACAUACUGCUUUAAAAGAUUUUAUAUGUUAUGUUCUUGUAUAUAUAUUGGUUGACUUUGCUUACAUAUAGGCCUAUAGUAGGUAGAAGUCAUGAGUAUGAUCAGGUGACCUAUAAACUAGUUUCUGAUUUCUUAACCAACAUAUGGGUGUAUUCAAUCAGUCAUUUAAAAAAUAAAUAUGAGUUUCGAUAUGUAGAUAAUUUGGGUGAUUUCCUUAAAAGAAUGUUGUAAUUUAUUACUAUAUUUUUUUAGUAGUACC